UAUGUUUGUAAACAAAAGUUGAGAACUCAACGUCGAGUGGCUCGCCCCCGCACGCAAACUUCACGUGCCUUAAAGAACAAGACUUAUUCUUGCCUCUACGUUAUUUGUCAACAAAAUUCUUGACAGUUAUUGAGGAUAUAGAUUGAUAGAGGACGCCUGUGACUUGAUUAACGAACCUGCCAUAGAAGGUAGUUAUGGGGAACUUACUUCAAGGCUGGAUGGGUUCCCAUGUGAUGGGGUCUGGAGGAAGCAAGCGGAAAGUGGAGGAAGUGGAGAGCGAUGAUGAGGAUGCAAUGGACUUGGAUUCCCUUCUGCACACACCAAAAAAACGAAAACUAAACUCCACCUCAAAGUAUAUAUACAAGACCUUGUUUGAAGAUGGACGAUCAUCUGAUGUGUGCGUUGUUGCUCUUGGACAGGAGUGGCAUCUCCACAAGGUCUACCUGUGUCAGAGCCCCUACUUUGGGAGCAUGUUCUCAGGAAACUGGUCAGAAACCAACCAAUCUCGGAUUACAAUUGAGAUUCUCGAUGACAAUAUCAAUAUUGAUGCCCUUCACCUGGCACUGGGUCAGUUCUACAAGGAUGACAUUGAGGUGGAAGCUGCGCAGGUGAUUCCUCUCCUUGCGACUGCUCUUCUUCUCCAGAUGGAUCCGCUCAUCGACCAGUGCACCUGCAUCAUGCUCGAGACCAUCAACUUACAGACUGUGCUCCAGUACCAUGAGGCUGCAAGGAGGUACGGAGUGGUGGAAGUGGACAAAGCAUGUAAACAGUGGCUACUCCACAACCUCCUUACACAGGUUACAGAGCAUCCUGCAACACUGCGACACAUACCGCCGGACUUGUUCUACGAGCUGCUAUCUUCACCACACUUGUAUGUCAUGCAGACGGAGUUCAGUGUUUAUGUCAUGCUGAAGGCUUGGGUGUUCUUGCGGUUGAACCCUUCAUGGGAAGGAUCACAUGAGGAGGCAUUCUUGGAAGCCCACAAGCAGUUCAGGAAUCGAACAGAGCCUGGUUGGUUUCUUGAAGAAGAUGGACGAGAAUUCUCUCUGGUGUUCUCUGCACUGCGACUUGAGUACCUUAUCUAUCACCAUCUGGAUGUUGAAAUGUUAUACUCUGAUCGCAUUUUGCCUCCAUCGUGGCUGACACCUGCCAGUAUGCACCAGUGGUAUAACAUGCUCAGAAUUGAUCAAGGCAAAGACAGAGGUCCAAGUGAAAUCUCAGAAGAAGAAUUUGAUAAAUCAUGCACACGUUGUGGACGAGUACUGGCCAACUCUGGACAGCACAUAUGGAGGUGGACUGGUUACAAUUUUGGUCUUGAUCUAGUCAUGACUCAUGAUGGAGCAUCCCUGAGACUAAAACGUAAUCAUAGAACAGAAAACAUUGCCAGCAUUGCUCAGCCUGCAACACGCAACAUUAUGUACAGAGUGACAGUGGCCUCGCUGGAUGAGCAGAAGCAGGUCGUCUAUACCAAAACAACAGGAGUACAGGCAGUCUCUUUGGCCAAGAAUGAAGAGAUUCGUGUCAUGCUGCUAGAUCCAGAGGUGAAGUAUCCAUUGUUGCUGAGUGCCAACUUUCUCAUCACCACCAACCAUCAUCUCAUGGUUCAAGGAGCAACAUCGCCCAUCACAGCUGCAUCAAGCCUGGCUGGAGCUCGAAGUCACACCAGCAGAGAAUAAUGCAGCAUUUGUCUCAUGCUGCUGGUGCUAAAUAGGUAUAAUCAUUUCAACACUUCAUUUAUAAUAAUAUUUCAUAGUUAAUAUGUAAAUAGUGCCAAAAAUUUAUAGCAGAUUUAUAUAUAGUAUAUUUUCUAGAGUUAAACUAAUGCAUCCUAAUUUCAAAGUUAAUAUCAAAAUUCAGUCUUAAGUUUAGUUGACCCUGUUUAUCAAAGAUAACUUUGGAUAUUAUUGCAGUUUUUAUGAUUUUUGUUUUUCCCAUUUCAAAAACUACAUUUUUUAAUGUAAAUUUAUAUUUUGCUUUAACUAUGAUAAAAAAGAACAGAUUAAUAUGUUGCUCAAGUAUUGUUGACAGGCAGCUUAACUUAAAAUAUAUUUUUUAGACCAGUGAAAUAAUAUGAAUGUUUAGGUAGAAGCUGCUGAAAUAUUGUUUUUUUACAACUGACAUCAAGAGCACCAUCUCUUGGUUAUUAAUGGUAUACUCAUUUUAACCCAAUAUCUUGAGGUUAUGUUCAGGGAAGCACACACUGCCGCCACUUAUGAUGCCAAAGACGUAAUCAUUUUUUGCUUAAAAAUUAUUACAUUUCGGUGGUCGUUUAAAAUACUUUUGAUUUAUUAUUUUGUGGUAAGCUAAAGUAAUUAGAAGUUUACUCCAUAAUGUAUGGCACUUUACUGUAACGUUGGAUAGCAUGCAGAGAUAGGAGAGAAUAGGUGAAAAUUUAACAAAACAUGUAAAAUCUUGUUAAUGAGCACUGUAAUACAUUUGAAAAAUUUAAUAAGGUUUGCAACAUAAAAAUAUUUUCAUUGCAUAUUAAUGGUAGUUUAUCAACAAAGGUUCAUGACUCAAAGUAAACAUUCAGUGCACCAAUGACCAAGAUAAUUGGCUGGAUUGCUUGUUAUUUAAUGUGUUGUAAGAUGAUUUAGUUUCUUUUUAAUGUAGUAUGUAGAGAUAUUACUCAUUGUGUUCAUUUCUGAAGGUUGUGUACAAGAUUGGCCAUAUUAAUGGGUGGAUGAAGUGUUUAAUGUAUUGCAGCAUAAAGACAUGACUAUUCAUGUGAAGCAGUGUUCAGAUUUGUCUUCCAGUUCUUGGUUGUGACUAUACCCAGGCAGGUGUCCCCCUGAGAACUAAAAGUAUUUCACUGUUCUGCAAUUCAUUGCUAUAUCCCCUCUACCUGACCUUUACCAGGCUGCACAAGAGCCUGAUAGCAACAGGUAUUCUUGCUCCUCCCCCCCCCCUCUCCCCACAUAGGUAUAUUUACUUUGUUAUUUUUACACAACCCACAACCCCCUGCCCCUUAGUUAAUGAUAUCCAAAAUAUCUAAAGAUUUUUUUUUUUAGCAAUUUACAGCUUUUAUUUCUAGUUUGGACAUGAGUUUCUGAUGAGUCUUAUAGGACUUGAUGUUAUAAAUGACAAAUAUUACACCUUGCUAGCUCUUAAUACAAGUGUUCAAGUACUGUACUAAUGUAGUGCUUAAAACACAACACAAUAUGCUAGGUAUUUUGUUUCCAGAGGUACAAAACUAAUAACGCAAUAUAUUUAUAUAAUGUUCUGUAUUGAAAAUAUGAUGCUAAAUUAUGUGGCAUAUCUGGUUGGCUGUCAUUUCUGUGUCCAGGUGGGUUGCAUGUUUAGAAUUCUCACGUACCAGUGUGAAGUAUUAGAAAUUAAGUUUGUUUCCUUACACUAAACACCUACACUUCAGUCAGGUUAAUACACUUUAGCAGUUACAGCUGUCAACUUGCUUGAAAGGAUUAAAAUUAGGUAUUGUGCCAAUAUAGGCUUCAUUAUUUACCAACCUCACUAUUCACAGGUCACUGGAAAUAGCAAUUAGGGAUCCCCCAUGAACUACUAUUCCCUUAACAUGCACAGUACAGUUCACGUUGUCACAAACUGUCACUGGCAGUCUACUCAACCCAUCCUCUUACAAAUAACGUUGCUUUUUACUCCAAUGCACACGAAGGCUAAAAAUUGCCGUACUAAAAAAUGGAAGCGGCUCGCGAAAGUGACACUGUCCCAUUUUCUGUUUUGGGUCCUCUGGCUUAGUUUGUUAGGAGAGGACACAUUAAAUUAAGUUUUCAUGACGUUUUGAAACCUUAGGAGAACUUCGUGCUCUUCUAACCUACCAGAGAAAACUGCAAGUUUUGGGCCCAUUUCAUUUGUAAAAUAAAUUUCCAUUUUCUAGUAUGGCAAUUUUUGACCGUAGUAAGUACGAGCAAUAAGCGAUAGCACAGUAUCUAAGAGGACGGGUUGGUCCAUUACCGCUGGGCUUCAUGAACGAUGACUUAUUUUAGUCGGUAACUACUAUAGAUAGACUUUGCUGCUAUCUACUGUCCUUAUCUCCCCAGUUGCAUUACUCCACAACACUUCUCCCAUUAUACACGUUUUAUUAACACUGGAACUGUUCUGGGUUCAACAUACAGUAUUCAAAUUUCAGAUUCUUCCCGUCUCCAAAGCUGAUCUUAUUUCUUGACAAUUUCCAAAUAUUUAUAAUUUGUGAUCCAAUAUUUGUUCACUUAAAUUUCCUUUAUUGAUAUUUAGUAAUUUUUACCUGUCUGCAUAAUCUAUUAAAUUAUAGUUGCCUAAAUGCAUGCACAUUUUCUUUUGAGUUAAAACAACACAUUUUAGGAUCUUUUUCAUAAGUGACCAUACCACUGCAUCAUUAAUUUUAUGGUAUUAUAAUUCUUUUAAGUUCUCUGUUCAGAAAACACUUUAGAAUCUGUUUCUGCAGUCUGCCACUAUGAGUCACUUAAUGGGCCAUUACUGCCCUUAACUUGUGGAUAUACUGCCUGUAGCUUAAAGUUAAGUUUUAAGGUUUGUGAUUAAUAAAUAUAUUUAAUAUU